CCGUUUCCAGACUAUGCUAUUUAUUUCCUUUUGCGCACCGUACCCCAGCACGUGUUAUUUAUAGAGUUGGGUGUGAUGUAUAUCGGAAUUCUAGGGCACACUAACGGCAUCAAACUUUUACCUCUUCCAAUCCCCUGCCGUUAGUGAAAGAAACUUAUUUUUAAUGAGUCAUUCAUUCAUUUGGAGCCGUUGUUUGGAGCGGUGGCGUUAAAUUUAGCUUCAACAACUUGUUGCCGUGCAUAAUGAAAAUUUGUCUUCAGUUUUAGCACCGGAAGUGAACACUGAGGGGCACACUAUAAAACUGCUUGGCAUGGCAAACAAACACCUAGUGGGUCUAUUAAACUUGGUGUAGGUUCGUUAGUUUUUGCUUGAGUUUUAUGUUAUUUACCACAUUGAAUGAGCCUGAUUUUUGUUGUUGUUUAGUUAUGAUAAGUAAAUACAAAUUCCCUUUUCUCGAACCAUUGACAAAAGUGUGUAACUAAAAGGAAUUUUAUAUCCUUCGGCCACGCAUCGUAUUGAUCGAUUUUUUUCAUCAUGCUCCCGUUGGGACUGUCUCGAGUUCCUUCUCCAGGUUUGCCAAAUGCAGAUUUAGUUUUUUGUUUGUAUCACAUUGUAUUUUCCUAUUUCCUUUUCGUACCCAGGCCUUUGACGGACUGACAUGCAACCUAGACUCUCGCUUCAAUAUUGUUUGUUGAGCCUAUCUGGAAGUUCGGCAAUGCCAUUUCCAAAUGGACUCCCACCCCCCAUGCCGAGAAAUCGUACCCCUUUGGCUGGUUGGCUUAUUUAUUACUGUCGGAUGUUUGGCUCUCUACCACCGUGUUGGCACCUUAACACCAUCAAAGAACCCGAUCCUUCUAUGGCUCUGGGUGACCCAUUGACUCCGAAGGAACUGUGGCGCCCGUGCACCGUUUCCUUUUAUAUGUCGUACCGUGCAAUUUUUACUAUGUUUUAUGACAAAUCGAUUAUCAAGUGUUUGUUUCCAUGGCUCUCCGUCACCCGUAGAGGUGGCUGUCUGUAUAUAGGGGCCUUGUGGAAGGUGAUGGGUUUCACGCGGUGAAGUGCCGGUACGUACACACGCUCUCACGCUCUGGGGUUUUCUCGUCUGGUGCUCGGGUAUUUCGGUCACAUUCCAGUUUCAACCGUGGUGCAAGAAGUUUUAAUUCCUGCAGUAAAAGUUCCUAUUCAAGCAGUUCUAUUAGAGUUCCUUAAGGGAUCUAAGAGUAUCCAGAAAUAACUUGCGUGAAUUUGAAUUUAGUAAAGUAAAUUAAACUUCACUACAAGAAUGAGCAACGCAAAAACGGCUCUGGGAAUAUUGGGCGGUGAAGAUGAGCUGCUGCAAAGUUUUGUGCGCGUUGGUCUGAAAACGGACAACGACGAUGAUCAGCAGCAAUCGAAUGUGACGUUCUCGGGUGGUGCUGGUGGUGGUGGUGGUGGUGGAAGUGGAGCUGGUACUGGCGGAAGUGGGGCCAGUGGACCCCAGACGACCACCAUCCAGCAUCAGACUAGCCAGGGCAAGCUGGAUACGCACCUGAUUCGUCAGUUUUCUGACCACUGUUCCGAUAUGAGUGAUAAGAAUGCACCCAGAAAGUAUCGGUGAGAAGUUGGCACGGAAUCGGAAACGGAUUUCGAAACGGCGGUAAUCCACUGAUCACGUAAUCAUGGGUAUGGUUCUC